GCCCCCAGGGCCCACCAGGCCCCGCCUCCCGCCCGCCCGCUCUUUACGUGAAUCAGCUGGUUUGAGCGUCCCUAGAAGCCGGCGGGGAGCUCGGCGGCUCACAGCGUAAGGCGCGCGGUUGCAGUUCCUAUCUCAAAGAGGAAUGAUUUGGUAAUGGCCUCUUCUUGCUGACUGAUGGACCCUAAAGAAGAAAGUUCAGCAGACCAAGAGGGAGCGCGAGAGAGAGGCCUGGUCUAUACGUGGCAGGCUGGUUGCUGUUAUCCAGAUCCUGAAAGACUUCCAGGUUGGAGUGGAAAGAUAGUGUUGCAGGCAGCAGUUGGCAUAAACCAUGGUGUGCUUCUCUCAGAAGAUGGUGAGGUUUACAGUUUUGGAAAGCUUCCCUGGAGGGUUGAGUUGGAAGAUGCUUAUAUCAGCUGUCCCAUCUUGGAAAAGGCUUUGAAUGGACAACAUGUUGUUACAGUGGCAGCUGGCAGCUUCCAUUGUGGAGCAGUGACUGAAGGUGGCGACGUGUACAUGUGGGGUGGAAAUUCUGCCGGCCAAUGUGCAGUGGCCAACCAGGCCUUUGUGCCGGAACCCAAACCCAUCAGUAUUUCUGACUCUGAAGCUAGCCAUCCCUUGCCAAUACGGAUUUUGCAGCUGGCAUGUGGAGAGGAGCACACCCUGGCGCUCUCCCUAAGCAGGGAGAUAUGGGCGUGGGGAAGUGGCUGUCAGCUGGGGCUCAUAACCAACACUUUCCCAGUUACCAAACCACAGAAGGUCGAGUACCUGGCAGGCCGCGUUGUGCUUCAGAUUGCAUGCGGAGCCUCUCACAGCCUGGCUCUUGUUCAGUGCCUCCCUACUCAAGACAUAAAGCCUAUUCCAGAGAGAUGCAAUCACUGCAGCCAACUCCUGAUCACCAUGACCGACAAAGAAGACCAUGUCAUUAUCUCUGAUAGCCAUUGCUGUCCGUUAGGGGUGGUUCUAGCUGACUCCCACUCGGAAUGCCACAUCUCUUGCUCCUCGCUAGAAACUCUAGAGAGGAAGAGUAUAACAAGCAGUCAAGGUGACGAUUGUCAGAAAACCCUUACAGAAGACCAGGCACUCGCUGCCGCAGAGUAUGAUGCAGCAAGUGUGUUUUCAAACAGCGAUGCCCAGGAAGACAGUGGCAUUUCUAGCCCAGGAAAUCUCUUGAUAAUGGACAAGGUGACAACAAAGCAGCACUUGGCAAGUCUUCCAGAUCAUCCGUUAAAUGAGAAGCCUAUGGAUCAGCAACCUGAGCAGCAAUCUCAAGAAGAGGACCUCACCGCUUGCCUACCCAGUCCACCAGGUCCAGGCACAUCUGCCCUUAACAGCCUGGUAGUUUCUUGUGCAUCAGCAGUUGGCGUAAGAGUUGCUGCUACCUGUGAAGCUGGGGCCUUGUCACUGAAGAAGGUAAUGAACUUCUAUGGCACAGUUCCAGGAGACACAGUAUCCCCACCUAGCGCUGGGUCUCCAAGCCUGGAUGGGGUGAAGGACAGCCGAGAGGAGCAGGUCAGGCUGGAGUCAAUGCAGGGAAAGAAGAGUUCCAGCUUGGUGGAUAUUCGAGAAGAGGAAUCCGAAGGAGUCUGUCGAAGGCUUUCCUUACCUGGUUUGCUCUCCCAAGUUUCUCCAAGGCUCUUGAGGAAAGUUGGACGAGCCAAGAUGAGGACCGUGGCCCUCACACCAACCUACAGUGGUGAAGCUGAUGCCCUUCUCCCAUCUCUGCGAACAGAGGUGUGGAGCUGGGGUAAAGGAAAAGAAGGGCAGCUAGGACAUGGUGAUACUCUGCCAAGGCUCCAACCACUUUGUGUAAAAAGUCUCGAUGGGAAGGAAGUAAUUCAUUUGUCUGCUGGUGGCCACCAUUCCUUAGCACUCACUGCCAAAUCGCAGGUAUAUUCAUGGGGCAGCAAUACCUUUGGGCAGCUUAGUCACUUAAGUUCUCCAACCACAGUCCCUCGCCUUGCAAAGGUGUGCGAUGACAAAAGCAUCUGGAACAUAGCAGCUGGUCCAGAUUAUUCAUUAUUCCUAGUAGAUGGAGAAGAGUUUCAACCUUCGUUAUACUAUAGUGGUCGAGAAGAAAAGAAAGAGAGUGAUGUUUCAUCUGAAGAUAGCUGCUUUACAAAUUCAACACUGUUGCUAAACUGUAGUAAGCUAGGGUACAUUAGCAGUGUGAUGGCUGGUGGGAAUAACUGUUUGGCUUUAGUGGACAAAAACAUUAUGGGCUACAUUGCAAGUCUGCAUGAGUUGGCUUCGAUGGAGAGACAGUUCUAUUCCAAACUGAGUGCUAUAAAAUCUCAAGUUCUCAGACCCCUCUUGGGAUUAGAUAAUUUAGGUGCUUCAUCAACAGUGCAGCUGUUGCAGGAAAUGGCUAGUACGUUCAGCAAGCUGUGUUACCUAAUCGGUCAGCAUGGAGCCUCUUUGACAAGCUUUAUUCAAGGGUCAAAAGAGGCAAAGAACUUGGCUGUCCUGAAGCAUUCAAGCCUCUUUUUGGAAAGUUACACUGAGUACUGCACUUCCUUGACAAACUUUCUGGUGAUGGGAGGAUUUACGCUUCUCUCCAAACCAGCAAUGGAUUUCUUAACUAAAAACCAGGCAUUGCUUCAGGAUCUGUCAGAGACAAAUGAGGAGGCUCUCCCAUUGGUAGAAGUGUUAAAUACUCUGUUUUUCUUGCCAAUCCGACGACUUCAUAAUUACGCUAGAACUUUACUAAAGCUUGCUACGUGUUUUGAAGUGGCUUCUCCAGAAUACCAGAGCCUUCAGGAUGCCAGUUCUUGUUAUGAAACCCUUGCUGUCCAUCUUAGCAGGAAAAGAAAAGAAGCUGAAUACACGCUGGGCUUCUGGAAGACCUUUCCUGGCAAAAUGACAGAUUCCUUGAGGAAACCCGAACGGCGGCUAAUCUGUGAGAGCAGCAAUCGGGGACUGUCACUGCAGCAUGCUGGGAGAUUCUCAGUAAACUGGUUCAUCCUCUUUAACGAUGCCUUGGUCCAUGCUCAGUUUUCAACUCAUCAUAUUUUUUCCUUGUCCACAUUGUGGGUAGAACCUGUUUCAGAAGAGUCUGGUAAUAUGAAUGGUUUGAGAGUCACUACACCAGAAGAACAGUUCAUUCUUGUUUCAUCAACACCGCAGGAAAAGACUAAAUGGCUGAGAGCGAUAAGCCAAGCAGUGGAUCAGGCCUUAAAAGGGACAACUGACUUGCCUCCUUAUGGAGUUAGCGGAAACAUUCAGAGGCAAGAGCCCCCUAUCUCACGGAGUGCCAAAUACACCUUUUACAAAGAUCCUCGGCUUAAGGACGCCACUUACAAUGGUCGAUGGCUUUCCGGGAAACCACACGGCAGGGGAGUUUUGAAAUGGGCAGAUGGAAGAAUGUAUUCUGGCACGUUCAGAAGUGGCCUGGAAGAUGGGCACGGUGAAUACAAAAUACCAAGCAAAAUACUGAACAAGUGUGACCGCUAUGUUGGAUAUUGGAAGGAGGGCAAAAUGUGUGGACAAGGCAUCUACAGCUAUGCCACUGGAGAAGUGUAUGAAGGGAGCUUUCAGGAUAACAUGCGUCAUGGGCAUGGUCUCCUGCGCAGUGGGAAACUGACAUCUACCUCUCCCAGUAUGUUCAUUGGCCAGUGGGUGAUGGAUAAGAAGACUGGAUAUGGAGUAUUUGACGAUAUCACAAGGGGAGAAAAAUAUAUGGGAAUGUGGCAAGAUGACCUUGGCCAGGGCAACGGUGUUGUGGUUACACAGUUUGGACUGUAUUAUGAAGGAGCCUUUAGCAGCAAUAAAAUGAUGGGGACUGGUGUCUUGCUUUCGGAAGAUGACACAGUGUAUGAAGGAGAGUUUUCAGAUAAUUGGACCCUUAAUGGAAAGGGAAGACUGACUUUGCCAAAUGGAGACACUAUUGAAGGUAUUUUCAGUGGCGAGUGGGGAUCUGGGAUAAAGAUUGCUGGAACCUACUUCAAACCCAGUUUGUAUGAUCAUGAGAAGGAGCGACCCAAAACCCUGCGGAAGCUUGGAAACCUUGCUGUUCCUGCUGAUGAAAAAUGGAAGGCGGUGUUUGAGGAAUGCUGGCAUCAGCUAGGCUGUGAGCAAUCAGGCCAAGGGGACAGGUGGAAAGCUUGGGAUAACAUUGCUGUUGCCCUGACAACCAAUCGGCGUCAACACAAAGACAGCCCAGAACUGUUAAGUAGAUCUCAUGCGCAAACUUUGGAGAGCUUGGAGUUCAUUCCAAAACACGUUGGUGCCUUCACACUGGAAAAAUACGACAACAUUAAGAAAUAUCUCAUAAAGGCGUGUGAUACUCCCCUGCAUCCUUUGGGAAAACUUGUUGAGACCCUAGUUGCUGUAUACCGAAUGACGUAUGUAGGCGUGGGAGCUAAUCGGCGGCUGUUGCAGGAAGCAGUCAGGGAAAUUAAAUCCUACCUCAAACGCAUCUUCCAGCUAGUCAGAUUCCUGUUCCCUGAUCUUCCUGAAGAGGGCAGUUCAAUCCCACUUUUGGUGACUGAGACCAAAGGGAGGAGAUCAUUCUGUAGUGGAAAAAAUGACUCCAGGCCAGAAUCUCCGGAACCAGGCUAUGUGGUCACAAGCUCUGGGUUGCUGCUUCCUGUGUUGCUACCGCGACUCUACCCCCCUUUGUUCAUGCUGUACGCCUUAGACAAUGAGCGAGAGGAAGAUGUUUACUGGGAGUGCGUCCUGCGUCUGAACAAACAACCAGACAUGGCUCUGUUGAGCUUUUUGGGGGUGCAAAUGAAAUUUUGGCCAACGAAAACCUCUAUUCUUGGUGAAAAUAAAAAGGUAUUGCCAAAUACAAAAGAUGCCUGUUUUGCUUCAGCAGUGGAGUGCUUACAACAGAUCAGUACAACUUUUACACCUGCUGACAAACUGAAGGUGAUCCAGCAGACUUUUGAGGAGAUCUCACAGAGCGUCCUUGAGAGUCUUCAUGAGGAUUUCCUUUGGUCGAUGGAUGAUUUGUUUCCUGUUUUUCUGUAUGUGGUGCUACGAGCCAGGAUCAGGAAUUUGGGUUCUGAAGUGCAUUUGAUUGAGGACCUCAUGGAUCCGUAUCUCCAACAUGGGGAGCAAGGCAUUAUGUUCACUACUCUGAAGGCAUGUUAUUACCAGAUUCAACACGAGAAGCUCACCUAAAUAAUUCACCUAAAUAUAGAAGACACCAAUGAACACAGCUUUAGUCUUCUUCACAGAAAUGCACUUAC